UACACCACCACCGUAUACACUACACCCAUAUACACCCAUAUACACCCAUAUACACCCAUAUACACCCAUAUACACCCACCACGGCAGGAGAGAAGGAACACCCCGUCCUUUCUCUCCUACAAAGCCAUGCGGCCAUGCUCAGGAAAACCAAUCUCCUCAACCACGGCGGCCUACAGUUCCUGAACUUAAGCUAUUGCUCGUACUUCCCCGCUCGGCGGCACCGCUCGCAGCGUUACGCCACCAGCAGCACCAACUCCAACCCCAACUCUCACGACCUAACAUGGCCAACAACCCCAACCUUCACCCCGUACGACCUCUUCCAUCUCGACCGAAAAGCCCCCUACACGAAAACACGAUACUAUGAGCUCGUGAAAAUCUACCACCCGGACCGCUCCUCACCGAGCGGCGGCGGCGGCGGCGGCAGCAGCAGCAGCAACCACCACCAACACCCCCUCCUCCAGAACCUCACCCCCGAGGUCCGCAUCCAACGAUACCACCUCCUCGUCGCCGCGCACGAGCUCCUCUCCGACCCCGCGCGACGAGCAGCGUACGACCAAUUCGGCACGGGAUGGAACGUCCACCGCCCGGACCGCCACCACGCUGCCGCUGAUGAGCACCCCGAAACCGAGGUCCCGCCGUGGGCCCGCCCGGGCUCCAAGGACUACGGGCCCAUCUUCGCCAACGCCACCUGGGAGGACUGGGAGCGUUGGCACAACCGCCACCAGGGGCGGCAGCAGCACAUGGUGGACAACCGGACGUUCAUCUCGUUUGUGGUGCUGCUCACGCUGCUGGGCGGGGCGCUGCAGGCCUCGUGGAUCAGUCAGCUGAGCACUGGGUAUGAGGAGCGGUUGUGGGAGGUCACGGAGCAGUCGGAGCGGUUCCUGAAUGGGCGCCGGGAGAAGUCCGUCGUCGCGGAGCGGGGGAAGGGGUUGGAGGAGAAGGUGCAGCGGUUCUUGUUGGAUCGGGAUCCCACAGGGGUGGGGCUGAAGGGGGAAGAAGGGGAGGUUUAUCGCGGGGUUUUGGGAAAGAAUGGUGGUCGGGGGAAGGGAGGUGGUGCGAAGGUUGAUGCUGGUUCUGCUGUUCCUUCUGGUGGUGGUGUUGGGGCUGCUGCUGUGGAGGAUGGUGUUGGGGUCCAGGAUCAAUUGUCUACUUCGCCGUCUGGGGAGCCGGAGACGGCCCCCUGAGCUAGACUCGUUCUUGGAGUAUUUGGAUAAGUCGUUGGAGCAUUUUUGUAGACGUAUACUGUGCAUGUGCAUUUCUGAUGACCCGACGGAAGGAAAGCUCGCCAUCGCAGGCACUCAAAAGCAGUCAACUGUUCUCCUCAGAGAAGACCCUAGACAAUAUCUCCUGUUGUUGAAGGGUCCAUUGUCAAUACUUCACACUGAACAAUCACAUUAUGCAUAGUAUGGGGACACACUGG